AUGGGCGAUUUUAAUGAGCUUCUUUACGCCAAUGAGAAAGAAGGGGGUCUUAUACGCCCUGUCCGACAAAUGUUGGCCUUUCAAGAAGCUAUUUCGGAUUGCCAUCUUGAUGACAUGGGCUUUGAGGGGGCAACUUUUACUUGGUUUAGCACAAGAAAUGGCGGAAUAAAAGAAAGAUUGGAUAGGGUGCUCGCUAAUUGUGAAUGGCGAUCACUCUUUCCGCAAGAGACAGUUCACCACCUUGAGCCGUGCAGUUCAGACCAUCUCCCCAUUCUCCUAGAAGCUUCGCCGACUAUGAAGCCGUGGCGAAGAAGGAGUUUUUUUCGCUUUGAGAGUAUGUGGACACAACACGAGGACUGCGAAAGUAUUAUUGCCAAUGCAUGGAAUACUUCUUUUACAGGCACACUCAUGUACCAAGUGUGUGAGAAGAUUAAAACCACCAGGAUCCAACUUAUGCAAUGGCAACGAUCAAUGUUUGGUACAACCAAGGGUGAAAUCCAGCGGGUACGUAGCCAGUUAGAUGUGGUGUGGAGACAACCCAAUUCUGAGAACACAACAGCAACAUACCACCUCCUCAUGUCCCAACUUGAUUCUCUUCUCUUUAGGGAGGAAGCUUUCUGGAAGCAGCAAUCUAAAGGCCUGCAAUCUGUUGUGUUGGACUAUUUCACACAUCUCUUCACUUCAUCUGCCUCUGGAAGUGAGGGAGAGAUCAUUGAUGCUGUGGAAUCGAGAGUCACACCGGAUAUGAAUAAUCUAUUACUCACAGACUAUUGUGAUGCAGAGAUUCACGAAGCAGUUUUUCAGAUGUACUUGACCAAAGCGCCAGGUCCCGAUGGGAUGCCUCCAAUUUUUUUCCAAAAAUAUUGGCAUAUUGUUGGAUCAGAUGUCACAAGAGCUAUCAAGGACUUUCUUACUUCAGGUCGCCUACUUCAAAAAAUAAAUUUCACUCAUGUUGUCCUCAUCCCAAAAGUGAAGCACCCAAAAGACAUGUCCCAACUGCGCCCGAUCAGUUUAUGCAAUGUUUUGUUUAAAAUCGCCACGAAGGUUUUAGCUAAUAGAUUAAAGCUUAUCCUUGACAAAAUCAUAUCUCCCAGUCAGAGUGCAUUCAUUUCCGGAAGGCUUAUCUCGGAUAACACCAUCCUUGCAGCUGAAAUAAUUCAUUACCUUCGUAGACGUCGGCGAGGUAAGAAUGGAUUCAUGGCGCUAAAAAUGGAUAUGAGCAAAGCUUAUGAUCGCAUUGAAUGGAGUUUUCUUGAAGCUAUUAUGCGAAAAUUGGGUUUUGCAGAGCAGUGGAUUCAGUUAAUGCUUACUUGUAUCUCAACUGUGAGCUACUCCUUUGUGAUUAAUGGGACUCCUCACGGCUUCCUUCACCCAUCUAGAGGUCUUCGUCAAGGAGACCCCCUGUCCCCUUAUCUUUUUCUUUUGUGUGCUGAAGGUCUCACAGCACUAAUUGCACAAAAGGAAAGGGAGGGUUUUCUUAAAGGUGUUUCCAUUUGCAGAGGCGCUCCUGCUAUCAGCCACCUUUUUUUCGCGGAUGACAGUUUUCUCUUUGCGCGGGCCAACAUGGCUGAUUGUAUGGUUCUCAAAGAUAUCCUUGAUACCUAUGAGCGUGCGUCAGGACAACAGGUCAAUUUCCAAAAAAGUGCAGUAUGUUUCUGUAAGAAUGUUCAUAGGGGAGAUCAACUGAUGCUAGCGCAAUUUAUGGGUAUCCCUUGUGUUGAUCACCAUAGUCAAUAUUUAGGCCUUCCUAUGGUGCUGGAUAAGAAGAAGGGUGCCAGUUUUAACCACUUAAAAGAGCGCCUCUGGAAAAAAUUACAAACCUGGAAAGGAAAGUUGUUAAGCGGCGCCGGAAAAGAAAUCUUAAUCAAAGUGGUAGCACAGGCGAUACCAAUCUAUACAAUGAGCUAUUUUUUAUUACCUAAAUAUGUCUGCGAGGAUCUCAACAAGCUGGUUGCACAAUUCUGGUGGAAUAGUUCUACUGGAAACAAGAAAAUUCAUUGGAUGGCUUGGGACAGGUUAUGCGCUCCAAAAGAAGAGGGAGGCCUGGGCUUCAGAAAUUUGCACGCUUUUAAUCUAGCUUUGUUGGCCAAACAGGGGUGGCGCCUUCUCCAGAAUCCGGACUCCCUGAUCACGAAAGUACUUAAAGCUAAAUAUUUUCCAACUCGUUCUUUUCUUGAAACUGCGGUAAGUCCUCAUGCCUCUGUUGUGUGGAAAAGUCUUUGUGAAGCAAGAACAGUUGUUAUUCAAGGCUCCAGAUGGCAAGUGGGGAGCGGGGAUACAAUUGGCAUAUGGGAGGAUCGGUGGUUGCCACAACCCAAUAGCUUUCGGAUCUUCUCUCCCAAGCCUGAGCACAGUGCUAUCACAAAAGUAUCAGACUUAAUUCAUGGCGACUCACGGGAAUGGAAUGCCCCACUGCUGCAAAAUGUUUUCUUUCCUGAAGAAGUGAUGCUCAUUCGCUCUAUCCCGCUAAGUCUGCGUUUGACACCCGAUAUGUUGGUGUGGCAUUAUGAUAAAAAAGGUAUGUUCACAGUUAAGAGUGCCUACCACGUAGCCAGAUCUUUGCAUUCCUCCACUGGCAGGGCAUCCUCCUCAAAUUCGGAUGCAGUCGCUAGGAAUUGGUCUCUACUUUGGAAAGCCAUUGUGCCAGCCAGAGUCAGGACUUUUUGGUGGUGUGUUAUCUCUGGAAUAUUACCUACGAAAGCAAAUUUGGCACGAAAAAAGGUGUCUCUAGAUGAGGAAUGUAUGUUAUGUGAGGGCCCAGUCGAAUCUUCAAUUCAUAUCCUUCGUGACUGGCCGUUUGCAAUCUGUGCUUGGCAUAGUUCGACAUUAAGUAGUAGCAGGUGGAACAAUGAUGCUCAGUCACCCAAGGAUUGGGUAUUUCGCUGUGCAGAGCAACUAAGCUGUCAUGACUUUGCAACUUUUCUCAUGGUGGGUUGGGCAAUUUGGGAACCACGAAAUGGAUUGCUAUGGAAUAAUAAGAAAAGUCAGCUUGCAUGCAUCUCUGAGGCUACAGGAUUUUUUGCGGGGACCACGGAGGGUGGCGUUGGUGUGGUUGUGAGAGAUUCCACGGGCAAAUUUGUGGCGGGUUGUGCAACUAAAUUGACUAAUUUUUUCUCUGCGCCACAAGUAGAGGCCUUGGCGGCAAGAACAGAUAGGUCCGUCCUAGGACCUGUGGUGGAGGAUACCAAGAGCUUGUUGACACAGAUCACUGGGGAAGGUUUUACCCAUAUUCGUCGUACUGCUAAUGGUGUGGCUCAUCGUUUAGCUCGUUUUGCCUUGCAUAUUGGGGGUUCUUUAUACUGGUUCGAGGAACCUCUUGAUUUUAUUUCUGAUAUAUUGUACGAAGAUUGUAAUUCGUGGCCAAGGAAUUUCUUUUCCCCUUGA